GCCGCCCCCACCUCCACAGCAACAGCUGUACCUCCGCCAGCCAGCUCGCCCAGCCUGAGUGAGCAAAGACAGGAAGGCAGCAGCAUGGCGGGGCUGCGCUACCCGUCGCAAAGCAGCUACUGCCGCGCAGCCACGGCCAUGAACCUCCUGUUCGGCGUCUUUCAGGUCCUCUUGCCUUGUUUUCGCCCCGGAGAGGCGCACGGCCAAGCCAUGGAUCCUAUCCCCAAUGUGGUGGAGUUGUGGCAGGCCGAGGAAGGGGAGUUGCUGAUGCCUGCUCAGGCUGAGUCAGAGGAGGAUGUAGAGGAACAUCCACAAGAGCAGAGCUUUUCUACAAACAUGCCUGAUGGGAAGGUCCUCCAUUUUCACCCUUCAGUUCUCCAUUUUGGAAUGCAGUUGCUGGGACUGCCUAAAGCUAAAAUGCUAUAUGCUUACAAUCCCAGUAGGGAUAAAGACGUUACAGUGAAUUCAGUGUUUACAGCUACUAGACAUUUUCAUGUGUCUCCUGUUCAUAGCAGGGUGAUUCCAGCAAUGGGAAAAAUUUAUUUCAGAGUACUCUUUCUUCCAGUAGAAGAAGGCAGUUUUGAAAGUUCAUUAUUUAUAAAUACCUCAUCUCAUGGAGUAUUUUCAUAUCAGGUCUUUGGAAAAGGAAUUUCAGACUCUGUUUCAGAAGACUUUAUAAAACAGUUGGCAAAUACAUAUUUAUUGCUUCCACAUAUCAACAGUAUCCAGAUCUCACAAACACUGGCAGAAACUAGGAACAUCAGUCACUUAAAAGUUCGUCUUGAGUGCAGUUUACAUAACAGAUUUUAUCAACAUGUUAAGAAUUGCUGCUUUGCUUCAAGUGGCGUACUGCUGCUAGAAAUAAGCUUAGUUGUCAGAAUGGAAAAUGUGCAACAUGAAUUUGUGGACCUUAGACAAUACCUACUGGAAAAAUUUUUUGUAGUUUAUGUAGCAAUGGACAAAACACAGACCUCAGAUGACUCUCCAGUAAUCUUGUAUGUGUUGCAUUCAGGGAACAACUUUUUAUAUGUUCAGGAUGUAAAACACUUGUCACAGGAAGGAACAUUUUCAGUGCAGUUUGAGCCAAUAUUGCUGCCAUCAUUGACCAUGAAUUUCACAAAAGUUGCUUCUAUUUUUUGUAAAGGUGCAUUAUGUGGCCUGGGAAGCAAUCAUGAUGUUAAGGCAGAGAGGAAUCUGUUGGAAAGCACAACUUUACCAAAAGCUUGUCUUUCCCAUCCUGUGAUGGAAGGGUACCUUGGUAUCAAUCCAUUUGCAACAGUAUUCCACAUAGAACCACAUCACAGUAUUUCAACAUCUUGGUCUAUAUGGUUUACAAACAAUUUCGAUUUUAACAUUAUGCUAAAUGAUGUCUAUGUUUCAAAAGAAACUGAAGAUAUUCUGAAGGUUAUGAACUUCACGGAUCCUUUAACUCUACCUCCAGGCUGUUGGAAUGCAUUUUCCUUGAAACUUCACACCCAAGCAUCUGUAACAAGUUUAUUAUCCAAUGUUUUUGUGAGCACAAAUGUUGGAGUAAUAUUUGAAAUACCACUACAGAUUUAUUCUGUUUUGUCCCAGCAGAGAGAUGUUCAUUUUGAAGCUAUAGCACAUCAUGACAUAUACUGUUCCUUGAGAAUGUCGCAUGCAGCAAACCUUCUUUGGGAAAAGAGCCUUUCUUUGGACAGUUCUACAUGGAGUGUGGAUUCUGAAAUUGCCUACGAACUCUAUGAAAAAUGGCAAAAAAUUAAACACAGUGAAAUUUGCAGGAGAAAUCUUGGGGAAAUUAUUCAAACUUCUCAUCAGAAGAAUCCUGAAGAAGAGUCACUUGCACUGUCCUUCCCCCACUUGGUUACAGAAUUUGGUCUUACUUUGAACUUCAGUGCAGCUGCACCAUUGAAUAGCAUGGUGAAAUACUUUACCUUAAAAAAUCCUUCAUCUUUCCCAGUGAUGUUGCAAGUCUUGCCACUGUCUUUCUAUCCUGAUCCUAGAGCUCCAUUGGCUUUGCUCAGCAAAUGGUUUGAUGUGAAUGUACAGUCUAUUAAUUUUACAACCACUGAAUUCAGGUUGACAGAAGAAAAUUUUACUCACAAGUAUGAACUGCGGGAGGAUCAUGAUUACAUCAAAUCUAGUUCUGAGGUCCUUCAUUUAGAAUUGCAGCCCUUAGAAACUAAGAGAAUUGGUGUUGUCUUUACACCUCUUGAUUACAAAAGAGUAACUUCUCUUAUAUUGGUCAGGAAUAAUCUGACUGUUCUGGAUGUGGUUUACGUUGAAGGUAUUGGAGCCAGAGAACUUUUGAAAGUGGGUGGAAGAUUGCCAGGAGCAGGAGGAUCCCUUCGAUUUAAGGUGCCAGAGUCAACCCUCAUGGACUGCAGGCGACAACUGAAAGAUGGCAAGCAAAUUUUAUCUAUCACAAAAAACUUUAAAGUUGAAAAUAUUGGACAUCUUCCUAUCACGAUAAACUCUAUGAAGAUUAAUGGGUACAACUGCCAAGGAUAUGGGUUUGAAGUACUUGAUUGCCAGGGCUUUUUUCUGGCACAAAAUUCUUCACGGGAGAUUAGCAUUGUGUUUACUCCAGAUUUCACUUCUUCUUGGGUUAUUCGUGAGUUCACCCUGGUGACUGCUGCUGGUGUUGAGUUCCACUUCACCCUCAAUGUGACCCUUCCCCACCAUCUUUUACCCCUCUGUGCAGAUGUGGUACCAGGACCCAGUUGGGAAGAAUCUUUCUGGAGACUUACAGUACUCUUUGUUAGUUUGUCUCUCCUUGGUGUGAUUCUUAUAGCUUUUCAACAAGCACAGUACAUUCUAACAGAAUUCAUGAAGUCACGGCAGAGGCCAAAUCCAAAUCCUUCCGCGCUGCAAAACAACAAUUCUGUGGAUAUCAUCAGCUCUGAAUCUUACAAGAGCAGUUGCAAAACCUUUACAGAUAAUUACAGCUCUUCUGAUAAAGGAAAAGGUAAAGGCUCCCCCACUGUGGCCACAGCCACCAGCCGUAGCCAGAACGCUGCAAAGAGGAGUCCAGCAACGUACAGUCAUUCUCAGAAGAAACACAAGUGCUCUGUAUAUUAUGGCAAACAAAAAUCAAACACCCCAACUAGCAGCACAGUUCUAACUACUGAGGACAAACAGAACCACACAACUGAAAAUCAAACUUCAACACCAAAGGAGGACAUUUGCACUGUUACUGAAAGCUGGCUCAACCUGAAAUAUGCAAAUAGCAUAAAUGUGAACAUGCAAAAGAAUUUAACACACCCAGGGAACUUUCUAGAUAAAGACGAAAUUGCAUUGAAAAAUGCAGCACUAGUGAAAAGUCCUUCUUCAGAGUGCAGUUUGAAGGAGGGUCUCCGAACAAAUAUGUUUCCUAAGGAAACAAAUCUUAAGACUUCAGAAAAUAUAACUGAGCUCAAUGAAUCUGAGCCAUUUCCUUUGAAAUCAUCAAAGAAACUGUCUGAAAAUCGCUUCCUAAGACAUUCACCUCAGCAACAAUCAGAAUUUCAAGAAGCUUCCAGGAAAAAUAAUGGGAAUGGCCAGCAAGUGCCUCUCAGAAGUGAAACAGAAAACUGUGAGAGUUUGAAAAAACAGGUUAAUACAAAGCCUUCCACAGAGAAGACAGCAGAUAAAGCAUCUAAGGAAGAACCACUGUGUUGCAGAAAACAGGAACUGUCUUCUACUGAGCAAGAAAAUGCUCUCCGGAAAACUGGGUCUCAGGAGAAAAAGGAAGGACAUUUUGCAAAUACAAGUUACAACAGACAUAGGACAAACAGAAAAAAUAAGAAGAAGCAUAUUAAUAUAUCUGUGCGGGUUCCUGAACAGAUAGAGCUGAAGCAUGUGUACAGUGAAUUUGAAAGACCAGAACUUAGAACGAACAUCAGUAUAAGAAACUGGUGUGCUCAGGGCAGUGGGGAAAUUUGUAAAGGAGACGAGAAAGCCGGCUUGUCUACACAGAAGGAAACAGAAGCUUUCUAUCAAUGGCCUAAGAAGAAGUGCCUGGAAAGGUUUUGCUCAGAUUCAAGUUCAGACUGUGGAAGCUCAUCAGGGGGCGUGCGCGCCAGUCGAGGCAGCUGGGGCAGCUGGAGCAGCACCAGCAGUUCUGAUGGAGAUAAGAAACCUGGGAUUCCAAGCAGACACUUCCUUCCUUCUAGGGAAAAUAUUUCAUGCAGUGACUUUUCUUCUGAAACACCCAUCACUUUAAACCUUUCUCACAACAUUUGCAACACCAGCAGAGAUGUGAAUAAUGUCACCCAGUGUCCAGAGAAUCUGUGCCCCAGCUUUACUGAUGUGACUGUAGAUUCAGAUAAAAAUAAAGGUCUCUAUCCAGCAGGAGAUCUGUGGCCAUCUCAACCUGUCUGCCUGUCAAAUAGCAUAAACUACAGCCUUGAGAAUAAUGUGCCAUGUUUGAUCCAGGAAAACCCUUCAUUACACAAUGGCUUCAUUGAUUGGAAUGCAUCUUGUGAUGGCCAGUUUACCAGCAUGUAUUGUCCAGUAGAGGUGAAUGACUACAAUGCCUUUCCAGAAGAAAAUAUGAACUACCAUAAUGGCUUUCCAUGCACUGCAGACGUUCAGAAUACAGCUUUUAUUGAUCACAAUUGUCAGUCUACUUGGAACACUGCACCCAAUCUUCCUCCAACUUGGGAACCCACCAGUUAUGUCAACCCAACAUCCUACCUCUCAAGCACCAGGAGUUUGUCGCCUAUGUCUGGACUGUUUGGUUCCAUUUGGGCUCCGCAGAGUGACAUUUACGAAAACUGCUGUCCAGUCGAUGCCACCGCUCAGCAUUCAGCCCAGGUGGAAAACCAGGCAGUAAUUUGUAAACAGGAGUACUACCCGAGAUUUAACCCAUUCCGUGCCUAUAUGAACUUAGACAUAUGGACAUCAACAGCCAACCGGAAUGCAAAUUUCCCUCUUUCUAGGGACUCGGGUUAUUGUGGAAAUGUGUGAAAUGGAAAUUGGUUUCAAAAAAAUGUGAAAUAAAGAUGCUUCAGUUUUGAUUACUAGAA